ACAGGCUAGAAAACUUCAAGUAACAGUAAGAAUCAGUCAGAUAAAUUACUGAUUUCUAAGUAAAAUUUGAAAUGGACAUGGGAGAUGGGAUCAGAGGGAUGGGCUGUGGCGUUAGAUGGGCUUUGGGUAAAAUCUCAGUUCUUCUUACUGUUGAUGUAGGAUGUUUCCUUCUCCAUCCUGACUUACAAACUGGGAACACUUAAGCAAGUGAAAUAGUCUAUGUUAGGCGUGUAAGAAAGAUCUGGGCAGAGUAUAGAAUGUGCAGUGUGCAGUGAUGGUAUGAAUGACUAAGUUGUGUUUGUGGGGGAAUAAAUGCGUGUGACUGGAGAGAAUGUGGUUUGGUCCUCUCCUGGGUAGAGCAGGCAAGAGGGUGGAGGGGACUCCGAGGCCAGACUGUGUUGGGUGUUGAUAGACGUGUCAAUAGAGUCAUUGUAGGGCCUGGAACAAAGGAUGGAUUUAAUGAGGAGCUUCGAGCCUCUGGUCCGGGGAGUCAGGACAGGAGUCAGGCAGGCACCGCACACCGCGGCUCCCGCUGCUCUUCUGGGCAGUUCUGGCCUAAGGAAACAGCCUGGAGACCGGAUUGCCGUAGAGGCUUUAUGUCCACACGCCCUGUUCGCUGCCGAGCUCAGCGUGUGCCCGUCUCGCAUUGACUCCUGUGGCAGUCUGGGCUGGGGCUGGAGUCAUUUGAGGCCUCACGGUGGAGGCCUGAAUUUUGAUCUAUGCCCUUCCUACGUCAACUGCCUGAACGUGCUUAAUGGGCACAUGACCCUGGACAUGGAUGCUGUCCUCUCGGAUUUUGUCCGUUCCACAGGGGCAGAGCCGGGGCUGGCCCGCGAUCUCCUGGAAGGGAAGAACUGGGACGUGAGCGCCGCCCUCAGCGACUUCGAGCAGCUGCGCCAGGUCCACGCCGGGAACCUGCCCCCGCCCUUUGGCGAGGGCAGUGGCGUCCCCGGGACCCCGGAAAAGGGGUUUUGUGACCGAGAAUCUGCUCGCCCUCUCCGGCCCACUCCCCAACGGCAGGAUGACGUCGUUCAAGAAAAACGCCUGUCCAGGGGCAUCUCCCUCGCCAGCGCCAGCGUUGUGUCCCCGGCCCGCCCCCAUGUCUCCUCCCACAGUGGGGGCGGGGGGAGCAGGGAGCACCCCCUGGAAAUGCCCAUCUGUGCCUUCCAGCUUCCAGACCUCACUGUGUACAGCGAAGACUUCCGCAGCUUCAUAGAGCGAGACCUCAUUGAGCAGUCCAUGCUGGCGGCCCUGGAGCAGGCAGGACGUUUGAACUGGUGGGUGAGCGUGGACCCCACAUGCCAGAGGCUGCUUCCUCUGGCAACCACAGGGGAUGGAAACUGCCUCUUGCACGCAGCCUCUCUUGGCAUGUGGGGCUUCCACGACCGGGACCUGGUGCUGCGGAAGGCCCUGUACGCGCUGAUGGAGAAGGGGGCCGAGAAGGAAGCGUUGAAGCGGCGCUGGAGGUGGCAGCAAACCCAGCAGAAUAAAGAGUCAGGACUGGUGUACACGGAGGAUGAGUGGCAGAAGGAGUGGGAUGAGCUGAUCAAGCUUGCCUCAAGCGAGCCCCGAAUGCAUCUAGGCACCAAUGGAGCCAACUGCGGCGGGGCGGAGAGCGCGGAGGAGCCCGUGUACGAGAGCCUGGAGGAGUUCCACGUCUUCGUCCUUGCGCACGUGCUCAGGAGGCCCAUCGUGGUGGUGGCAGACACCAUGCUGCGGGACUCUGGCGGGGAAGCGUUCGCCCCCAUCCCCUUCGGGGGCAUCUACCUGCCCUUGGAAGUGCCGGUCAGCCAGUGUCUCCACUCGCCGCUGGUGCUUGCCUACGACCAGGCCCAUUUCUCCGCCCUCGUGUCCAUGGAGCAGAAGGAGAACGCCAAGGAGCAAGCCGUGAUCCCGCUCAUGGACUCGGAGCACAAGCUGCUGCCCUUGCACUUCGCCGUGGACCCUGGAAAGGGCUGGGAGUGGGGCCGAGACGACAACGACAGCGUGCGGCUGGCCAGUGUCGUCCUGUCCAUGGAGGUCAAACUGCGCCUGCUGCACGGCUAUAUGGACGUCAAGUGGAUCCCCGUGUCCGCCGACGCGCAGGCCCCGCUGGCCCAGCCGGAGUCCCCCACAGCUUCGGCGGGGGACGAGCCUCGGUCCACCCCGGAGUCCGGGGAGUCGGACAAGGAGUCCGUUGGCAGCAGCUCCGCCAGCAAUGAGAGCAGCAGGCGGAAAGAGAAGUCGAAGCGAGAGCGGGAGAAGGACAAGAAGAGAGCAGACUCCGUGGCUAACAAGCUGGGCAGCUUCGGGAAGACCCUGGGCAGCAAGCUCAGGAGGAACAUGGGCGGCCUGAUGCACGGCAAGGGCGCCAAGCCCGCGGGCGCCGGCCCCGAGACCCUGGAGAAGAAGAAGAAAAGCGCCCUGAAGGGCUGGAAGGGCGGCAAGGAGGAGGCAGCCGGCGACGGGCCGGGGUCCGAGAAGCCCGCGGCCGAGUCCGGGGGCGACGCGGGCGGCGAGUACAGCCAGGAGGUGAUGCGGAGCCUGAGCACCAUGCGGGUCGCCAUGCAGGGCGGGGGCCGCUUCCUCUUCGCGGGCGCCCUGAAGAUGGGGCACCGCCAGCAGUACCAGGAGGACAUGAUCCAGCGCUACCUGUCCGACGCGGAGGAGAGAUUCCUGGCGGAGCAGAAGCAGAAGGAGGCGGAGAGGAAGAUCCUGACCGGAGGGGCCGGGGCUGGGCCCCCCCCAGCCAAGAAGCCGGAGCCGGACGGCGGGGAGGAGCUGGCGCCCGCAGCAGAGUCCAAGGCCGCGGCGUUCUCCGCCGCCGGCUACCCCGGGGGCUUCACCAUCCCAAGGCCUUCUGGGGGUGGGGUCCACUGCCAGGAACCCCGGAGGCAGUUGGCCGGAGGUCCAUGUGGCGGGGGCCUGCCACCCUACGCCACCUUCCACAGACAGUGUCCUCCGGGGCGAGCCUUCCCCCAUCAGGACCACAGCCCUUCUCUGGAGCCGGGCGGUCACGCCAAGGAUGGGGCUCCCAGGGGGGCCUUGUUGCCUCCCCCCUUCCACGUGGCUGAUUCCUAUAGCAAUGGCUACAGAGAGCCCCCUGAGCCAGAUGGAUGGGCCGGGGGUCCCCGGGGCCUUCCCCCAACCCAGACCAAAUGCAAACAGCCGAACUGCAGUUUCUAUGGACACCCUGAGACAAACAACUUCUGCUCCUGCUGUUACAGGGAGGAACUGAGGAGGCGGGAACGGGAGCCGCGCGGGGAGCUGCUGGUGCACAGGUUCUGAGGGGGGCCUUGAGGGCAAGGGGGUGAAACAAAGUUAAGCUCAACGAAUUGGCUCAUCAAGACCCAGCCCCCACGUUGACGUUGGCGGGCAAGUGCAGUGAUGCUUGCGGAAGCUGGCCACAGACUGGGAGCGUGGCACCAGCCGGCUGGCUCCAGAGGUCAGGGCUGGGCGGGCCUGGGCCUGUUCUAGUCCCUCGCGGAGCUUGACUCGAUGGAAGCCAGGAGGUACCAGCGGGGGUGACGGGGAUGACGGCGACUCUGCCUCUUUUGCCUUUGGGUCCACCCCUCCCGCGGCUGGGGACGGUCUGGGUCUAGGUCUAGCGGCGGGAGGUGGGCAGAAGGCCGGACGGGCAGAGGAGGUUCUCAAUAAAGCAGACCAAAGUUUUUAGGUUGGAAAAAAGCACAUGGUGGCAGAGUUGGGGGUGUAGGCACAUUGGCAGUUGAUCUGAAUUUAGAAAUCAGGGUUGGGUGGAUUCUCCCUCCCGAAGGAUCUGGAAGGACGGGGCUGUGAAGUGUGCUCCCGGGUGCUGGCCAGCAGGCCAGUGAGGAUGGCUUACUGGGGGGGG